AGCCCAGCCCAAUACUAAAUAAGACAGAACACAUUUUACCGUAUAACCUCUCCUCCUUAGGGUUCUGUCUCUCCGAUCACUUCUCCGACUGCAGAAAUGACCAACUUCAGGAAGCUUGGCCGGCAUGCGGGUCACCGUAUCUCCAUGCUCAGGACUCUGGUAUCUCAAUUGGUCAAGCACGAGCGUAUAGAGACCACCGUCACCAAGGCUAAAGAGGUGCGUCGUCUUGCUGAUAACAUGAUUCAACUCGGUAAAGAGGGCUCACUCGAUUCGGCAAGGCGAGCAGCUGGUUUUGUAAGAGGAGAUGAUGUCCUUCACAAGAUUUUCACUGAAUUGGCAUACCGAUACAAAGAUAGAGAUGGUGGAUACACAAGAUUGCUACGUACUCGCAUUCGAGUUGGUGAUGCUGCUCCUAUGGCCUAUAUCGAGUUUAUUGAUAGAGAGAACGAGCUUAGGCAAUCGAAUCCAGCAACACCUCAACCACCACAACGGGUGCCGUUGGACCCAUGGGAUAAAUCACGCCUCAUGAAGCAAGUUGCUCCACCUAAGGAGGAGAAGAUCUUUGAUUCCGAGCUAUGAUGUGGAAAAAGAAAUCUCCUUCUAUCCACCAAGUAUCUUGUUUUUUUUUUCUUAACAUAAUCUAGUCUCUGCAUCAUCCAUUAGUUGCCAUAAUAUGUUUUAACAGAAGUAAUAAAGUUACUUUAAAAGUGAGUCUUGAAAGCAAUAACAGGUCUUGUGAGGCUUUAUUUAUUUAUUUAUUUAUUUUUGCCUA